AUGGGCGCCCGCAAGAAGUGCAAGCCGAGCCCCCAGGCGGCCGAGGUAUCCACCACCAGCAACACCGCCGUCAGCAAUACCGCGGGCAACACCAGCAACACCAGCAAUACCAGCAACACCAGCAACACCAGCAACACCAACAACACCAGCAACACCAACACCACCAGCAACACCAGCAACACCAGCAACACCAACAACACCAGCAACACCAACAACAACACCAGCAACACCAGCAACACUGCUGUCAGCAAUAAUGCGGGCAACACUACCGGCAACACCACGGAACAGAGCGGUGCUGGCACGCUCGAUGCAAGCACUGCAUCACACGAAACCACGGCAAGCCAGCCAGCAUCAGCGUCCUCGGCAUCCGACGGCGCAUCCACACCCACAGCUCCAGGCUCGCAGACACCGAAGAGCGCGCGCAGAUGGCCGGGCGGCACGGGCAGCUGGCGGUCCAAGGCACCUGCAGUCGUCAAGACUGCCCAGGAGACAAUCGGCAUCGCCGUCAGUGGGGGCGCCACUUCUGAGCUGCCCAAAGAAGAUGCCAGGAAGCCCAAGAACGACUCUCCGGCGAGAUUCCUGACCAAGCGCAAAUCGAGCAAGAGCUUCGCACUGCCGACAUCCACGACCAAGAUCACCGUCUCGUCCGACGGCGCCGUCGAGGAAGCAGAGAGCCCCGCAGCCAGCAAGACGGAACACGCCCCUGCCCCACAGGCUGCACCAGAAGCAGCACCGCGCGGAGACGAAGCCCCGUUGCCACCUGAGCCACCCAAGAGCGAACAACCAGCGAAUGCGUGGGCGUGGACGACCUGGUGGUCACGACCUGACGGAUACACCGAAGCUGCCAAGGCGAAGAGCACAGGGCAGGAGAGUGUGGAGGAAGCACAGAGCACGCCACUGCCCGGUCCCACGCCGUCAGAAGAGGCUGAUGCAAAGACAAAGGGCCUUGAGCGCGCACUGACAACAAACGUCCAGGCCGCAGAACUUGGCAAGAAGGAUCAUGUCCUGGAGGCAGUGCCCUCCGAGAACGCUGCCGAGAAUGUUGCGUUGGAAGAAACUCCAACCGCGACCACGAAGCCCACCGCCCGGAACACCGCAAGCGGCUCGUGGUUUGGGCUGUGGAGCAGUGCUCAGAACGUCCAGGCCAAUUCUCCCCCUCCACAGGCACCCACCAAAGACUUCUUCACCCCAAACACGUAUUCAGAUCAAGCAACGGAGUUGGCGCUGCCCGAGCCAGCAGCAGCAGAGCCUCCAGCCGAGACACCACCAACAGAGCAGACUGAAGCUCCAGCACCUGCUACCGCUGCCGCCGUGGGAAGAGCACAAGAACCGCCAAAAGGGCAGGCAAAGGCCUCAGGCUGGGCCUUUUGGUAUCGAGAGCCAACUACCGACAGCAGGCCCGUGGAGGGCGAAGCUCAGAAGCAUGUCGGCGAGGUCGCUGUGUUCGAUACUCCGUCACAGUCGCAUCCAGAGGCAGCUCAGUUCAAUGAGCAGGAGCAACCAAAAGCAGACGCACCAGAAGCGGCAAAGAAACCAGCCAGAGAGUCCAUCGUCAAGAAGUCGCUUGGCUCGCUUCGAGGACGCUCGAGAAAGAAGGCUACACCCAAGGACCUUGCGGAGGGAACGCCAGCAGAUACACCAACAGCGAGUGCGCCAGCUACCCCCACCAAAGCUUCCCCCGAACGAGAGCCGACUCGCGCUGAGACAGCUCCUGCAGCACAGCCAGCACCCAAGCAAGCAACAAAAACAAAGCAAGAGUCGUCGAACCUCGUCCUCCCCGGCUUCAACUCCACCUAUCGCCUUGCUCAACAGCCGAGCUUUUGGAAGCAGGUGCGUCAGUACUUCCUGGGCAGCGAGCCCGCCACACCCCAUCUGCACAUCCAUCCGGCACCGCCACGGAUAAGGAAAGCUGUCGCCAUAGGUGUGCACGGCUUCUUUCCCGCCCCCAUCUUCCAAAGAAUCAUGGGCCAGCCUACUGGCACGUCAAUACGCUUCGCCAACGCUGCAGCUGCCGCCAUCAAGGGCUGGUCCGAGGCUCGUGGGUGCAGCCCGGAGAUCGAGCAGGUCGCUCUAGAAGGCGAAGGCUUCAUUGCCGAAAGGGUGAACACGCUGUGGAAGCUCUUGCUGAAUUGGAUCGACCACAUCAAGGAAGCUGACUUCAUCCUGGUCGCAUGUCACUCGCAGGGCGUGCCUGUGGCAAUGAUGCUGGUUGCGAAGCUGAUCCAGUUUGGGUGUGUCAACGCCACGCGCAUUGGCAUCUGCGCCAUGGCUGGAGUGAACAUGGGCCCGUUCAUCGAGUACAAGACAAAGUACUUUGGCCCAACAGCCGCCGAGCUUUUCGAGUUUUCAGACCCCAAGAGCUUGGUCAGUCAGAUGUAUCUCGCUGCGCUGGACCAAGUCCUCCGCUUCGGCGUGAGGAUACUCUACGUUGGCAGCAUCGACGACCAGCUGGUCUCGUUGGAGUCUUCGACAUUCUCGACACUCUCCCACCCGUACAUCUACCGCGCUGUCUUCGUCGACGGCCGCAUCCACGCGCCCGACUUCCUCACACACCUCGUCGGCUUCACCCUCAAGCUGCGCAAUCUCGGGCUCCCCGACCACGGCCUGAUCCGCGAGUUGUCGCCUGCCCUCGCUGGCUCCCUCUAUGGCGGCGAAGGCCACUCGCGUGUCUACGAAGACCCUGCCGUCUACUCCCUCGCCGUCCAACACGCGCUCGAGACAACCUCCCUCGCCGUCCCGCCGCCACAGCGCCCAGGCAGCAGCGCCAGCUUCCAAGGCAUAAACAUACCCAUCGUGGGUGAGAAGCUGGCAGCCAAUGCCGCUACAAACGAAGACGUGUACAAGCUGCGAGUAAAAGACUACGAAGCCCCUGCAACGGCCGCGACUCAGAACCCCUACUUCCUCCCUUGGGCAAUGCGCGGGCUGCUGGAAGAAGAGUUUGUCAAGAAAGAGCUGGGCGACGAAGUCGACGAGUUGCUGGGCAUGUUUGAGGCGUGGAGACCGACGGCUAAGCAGCUCAAGGAAGUCAAGUUCCGCUUAGAGGCUGUAAGGAGCAAGCUCUGA